AUGGUGCCGGAAAUACUCUUUGUUGUUAUUGUCUCAGCAACUUUGAAUUUUGUAGGACUCAUUAUGAAUCUGUUUAUUGCAGUUGUCAGUUGCCAGACUUGGGUCAAAAGGCAUCAAAUCUCUUCUUCUGAGAAGAUCCUGUUCAGCUUGGGCACCGCCAGAUGUCUUACGCUGUCACUGUCUCUCCUGUCUAUCCUGUACCUCUUCAUCUCUCCACGUGUCGGAAGGUCAGCCAGCCUGUUUGCUGUCAUGCUGUGUUGGGUGUUUCUGGACUCCAGCAGUCUCUGGUUUGUGACCAUGCUCAACGUCCUCUACUGUGUGAAGAUUACUAACUUGCAGCACUCAGUUUUUCUCCUGCUGAGACAAAAUAUCUCCUCAAAGACCCCGAGGCUGCUGGUGGCCUGCGUGCUGGUUUCCGCCUUCACCACGCUUCUGUAUGCUGUGCUCAGACAGACGCUGCGGUUUCCUGAAUACGUGACCAGGAGGAAUGGCACAGAUUUCAGCGUCAAUGAGCGCAUCUUGUCUUUGGCGAUCUCUUUGUUCUUGAGCUCAUUUCUCCAGUUCCUCAUUAAUGUGACUUCUGCUUCCUUGCUAAUAAACUCCUUGAGGAGACACAUACAGACGAUGCAGAGAAGCGCCAGUGGCUUUUGGAAUCCCCAGACUGAAGCUCACGUGGGCGCUAUGAAGCUGAUGGCCUAUUCCCUCCUCCUGUACAUCCCCUACUCCGUGGCUGCCCUGUCCCUCCACCUCCCGUCUUCUGUAGGGAUGAAUCUGGGAACCAGGUCCGUGUGUGUGUUGCUCUCCGCUGUUUACCACCCAGGACAUUCUGUUCUCAUUACUGUCACACAUCCUAAACUGAAAACAAAAGCAAAGAAGAUUCUGUGUUUCAACAAAUGGUGGAAUAUCAGUAGGGAAUAG